CAGUUUCCUGUCGUGCCCCUGCUAAUGACACAUUGUUGCACAAACCAGUUUGCAAAGACGAAAAAAAGGAAAGAAAAAGAAUACUAGUUCAUUCAAAGCGCUCCGCACAGGCCCAGCAAUUUCCUACGAUAUAUAGUUAUGUCGUCUGCUACUGUUCUAGUCUUUUGUUUUCGUCAUUUGCAAGGAAGCCGUUAUGUCAACAAGCCAAAUUGCGCCGGCGGUGGUGUCUUUGUCACAAGGUCACGGUGCGCGGCUCACAAGGACGGAAAGAAUGACCACAGAUGCUGUGAUAUGGAUGGUCCAUCAGCUCAAGGAAAAGGUCCAGCUAGAACUCCAAUAGAAGAAGCCUCCCGUGAGGACUUGUUGAAGCACGUGAAGCGGCAGCUCGCGUUACUUCAGAAACAAAAGGCAAAAUGCGAUGAGCUCAAUGAAAAAUGCCGGGCAAAAGACGACGAAGUAGAAACUCUGAGGAAGAAGUGCGACUCCCUCGAGACAGUCCAGCGUGAACAUGAAGAAUUACGGGAAGCUUACCUUUCGCUGCAAGGUUCGCAAGAGAAGCAGUUUCAUUCCUUUCAGGCACUUGAGGACCAACUUCUGGCAGCAAAUGACGACGCUGUGAAGUGGCGCAGGAAGUACCAGGACUGUGUCGAAAAACUCGAGUGCACGGAAUCAAAAUUGACCGCGUUAAUUCAAGGCACGGAAUGUCUUCGAGAGGAAGUGAAAAGAUUUGAACAUGAGAACAAGGACCUUCAGCACAAGAUAGAAGAGCUAACAAAUAAUGAAGCAGAAGCCAGAUCCAUCAUUGCCUCACUCCAGCAGCAAGAAAAGCAGUCGGUGAAAGCAGACGUCUCGCUUGCACACUUGGAAGAAAGGAUCGAAGAACUGUCAGCACAGUGUGAAGCGCUGACGCAGGAACGAGACAGUGCAAACGCUAGCAGGGACGCCCUCAACAGUGAAUUAGAGAACGUGGCCAAAGAAAAGAAAGAAUACACCGAGCAGUUUUUCAAGCUGCUCGAAGAGCGCUCGCUGCUCGAAAACCAGCGGGACAUGAAGGUGAACGAAUGCAACCUCCUCCAGGAGGAGAAACACGGCCUCGAGAAGCAGGUGUCGGAGCUGUACGCGAGCAAGGAGGACUUGGAAAAGAAGGAGAAGGAGUUUGCCAAAAUCCUCGACGAAAACAGCAGCCUGGAGAAAUCUCUCACCGAAGCCAUGGCCGAAAACACUCAGCUGCAGCACGCUAUCAACGACCUGCAAGAGAAAAUUGCCGAGAUGAAUGCGGAGCGGGACAAGUUGAAGAAUGACGUGGCCGAGGCAAGCUCCAGGGACGAAUUUGAAAAACUGAAGCUAGAGUUGAACGACAUCGAAGGCAGGUUUUCGCUCAAAGCGGAAGAACUCGAGAAAUUGGAGCAUGACCUGAAGGUUGCACUUUGUCAGAAGGAAGAGGCGGAACGUUUGGUUGACAACUUGAGGGCUGAGCUGGAGUCGUCUCGGAAAGCUAGCGGGGAUGAAAGCGCUCAGAAAGAUGCCUCUCAGAAGCUGGAAGACUUCAGCUCUGAGAUCGAGGAACUCAAGAAACGGUUAGACGCGGUAACGGCAGAGAAGGACGACACUUUGGUGAGGCUCUGUAACUAUCAAAAAGUGGAAGUGGAGUGGAAAACUCAUGAGGACGAGUUAGAAAAAGAAAUUUUAGGCUGCAAGAAAGAAUUUGAGACACUCAUCGAGGACCUGAAGCAGUCUGCUUCACGCAUAUACGCGCUUGAAAAGCAGCUGCAGGACUCUCUUCAAGAAAAGCACAAUGUGGUCGAAGAACUGGCACAGGUCAAAGAUCUCCAGCAGUUUCUUGAGGACGAGGCGAAGGAGUUGCACGGAGAAUGUGACAAGGUGAAAACUGAGGCAAAGAGGUUGGAAGCUGACCUCGAAAAUGACCACCUUCACAUUCAGAAGCUGGAGCACGAACUGGAAGAGGCGGAGCAACGAGAACGCACUUCUGCGAAAGAUCUGGAUGCUCUACGGUGCUUGCUCGAAGACAUUGUAGCUUGCAUCACGGAAUUGCAGGACGAACUUUUCACGUGCCAAGCGAACUGCACCGAGCCCAACUUUGAGGCGCUGGGUGAAAAAUUCAAGAGGAUUUUUUGCCUCGUGGUUACAGCUGUAGAGAGUGGCUUGGCAGACUUCAACGUCGAAGAACUGUCUCAUCCUGGAGCGACUGCUCUACAGUGCUGUGUCGGCGAUGCAGAAGGUGCGAACGUCCACAGUGAAGAAGCGCAGAUGUUGAAGAGAAUAGUUGAGGAAUUGCAAGACCAGUUGUUGAGCAGCAGGACCUCGAUUGAACAACUUCAACUAGAGAAGGCGGCCGUAGAAGACGAAUUGGCCGAGGAGAAGGGUCGAAAAGACGAGGUUAACGCAGAAAUUGUGGCUAAAACUGAAGUAAUGGUCUCACUCGAGAAAAGGCUCUCGUCAGUAACCUCGGAAAAUGAAGACAAGGUCUGUAGUUUGCAGAGGCAGCUCGAAGAACUUUCUACGGCUCUGUCAGCGAAAGACGAUGUCCUGCGGAGGACGUUGGACGAAAUGGAGCACUUCUGUAUUCUAAGCAGCAGCUUGGAAGUGGACAAUCGUCAUUUAGUUAACGAGGUAUCAAAGCUCAAAGAAGAGUUAGCCCUGAAGGCAGAAAAGCAAUUAGAGGAUGGCAACAAUGUCUUGAAACUGCGCGAGAAUCUCGUGAAGCUCAAUGCUGGAAGAGCUUAUCUUCUAGAGACGCACAACAAGGUGAAAAAGGAAUUGAAAACAGAGCUUGAUGAUUUUUAUGCAGUGUUGACAGCAAAUCGACAACACAUCGAAAGUGUAUUACAGAUAGCAGUAGAGCUUGAAAAGCAGAAGUACAGCCUCAAAUCUGAAAACUGUCGUCUGCUAGAUGAAAAUUCCUGUUUCAAAUUAGAAUUAACUGACAAAGAGAAAGCACAUAUCCAAGCAGCUGACAGUAUUGCUCAACUUCAAAUGCAAGUAACAGAACUCACCGCAUUGAAACAACAAGCAGAUGACCGUAUCGACGACAUGUUGGCAACAUUGUCGUCUCAGGAAGGCCUUCUUCGCUCUACCUCGGAAAAGCUGGCUCAGCUGGAAACUUUGAACGAUAGUUCGAAACUUGAAAACGAAGACUUGGAGGAACGGGUUUCCCGGCUGAAGUCAGAGUUAGCAGCAAAAGAGGAGGGACAUUCUAAAGCAGACGACAUCAGUGCAGAACUGCGUCUACAACUGGAUUCCAUUCAGAGAGAAAAGGCAGAGUUGGUGGAGGAGCAUGCAGUGCUCAUUCAAAGGUUCGAUGAUGCACAGCGAGAGAUUAAACAACUUCAAGAUGACUACAGCCAGAAAUCAGCUCUUGAGCAAAACCUAACCUUCGAGCUGUCUGAGCUGACUGCUAAAGUGUCAGCGCUCACAGCUGAAAACUUGAGUAAAACGACUCUCGUUGAAGAAAUCCACGGAAGGUUGGACGACCUGCUCGAAAAGUCGGAAACUCUCGAAGAUGCACUCAGCGUAAAAACAUGCAAGUUGAACGAAUGCAAGCAGACUCUAAUCGCGGAGCAAAACAAAAUUACAAACCUCCAGAAUGAACUGGCCCAGGUUAAGACUCAGCUGUGUGACGCUCUAGCAGAACAAGAAAAAUUGUGGAAAGUGUUUUUUCCGAAGCGGGACUGUAAUGGGCGGAGAACUUUGUCAGAGCUGAACAAUAUUGUCAGCUCGAUUUCUCUGUUGGGUGAAGCAAACCAGUCUCUGCUUGGGUACAUCUUAUCUCUGCUGAAUAUCGUAGCAUCAGAUUCCGUUGCAGAAAGUGCUGUGUCUGCGGGCAUUGAGUCGAAAGUGAAGGAAUAUUCGGCGAAGGUUGAAAAUUUCGAUGAAAACGAAGCAGACAUUAUCACUUCGAAGAAGGUGGAAGACGUUAAGCUUGGCAUCAAAGUUCUCGAAGCGAUCCCUCCGUUGAUAGCCUCAUCAAAGAAACCAGACCAAAGUGUAGAGCUAAAUUGUGAUACCAAAGAUAAUGAAAAGGUGGCAGCACUGACGGCAUCCGUUAAGGAGAAGGAAGAAAAGUUGAACAAGUUCAAGUCCUUGGUUGUGAAGUUGAAGCGUGAACUGGCUGACAAAAACAAGCAGGCGGCAAGUUAUGAGAAGGACCAGAACUGCGUUAAAUCGGAACUUGACAAGCAGAUGCAGGCCUCCAAACAAGCGCUGCAGAAUUUUCAGGCGUGGGAGCAGUGCAAAGUGGAGUUAGAAGCCAAGCUCUUGCUCGCCGAGUCGGAAACGAGCACGACCAAGGAAACGAAUGAGCAGCUUCGUGGGCAACUUGUAGCAUUAGAAGAUAGAAUUUCCGAGCUAGUUCAGCAGCUUCAGGCUCAGAAAGAACAGCAUGGCAGCACAAUGCAGCAGCUUGAAAAAGUGCAGAAGGAAUCGAAGAUGCAGAGCUUGCUACACCUUGAAAUGGCUGACUACGAACGCUCCGUGGCAGAGCUCAACGGAAUCCUAAAGGACAAGAGCAGGGAAUUGGAAAGCAUGAAAGAAGAGUCCCUGGCACAUCAAACCAAGAUAUCUAGUCUCACCGAGCACAUUCAUCACUUAGAAGAGCAGAGAAAGUGUGACGAAAGCAAAAUCUCUGCCCUGAAAGGAACUGUGGCUGGCCUGAAAGAAGGCCUCGAAGCCAGCCGCAAACACGAGGAACAGCUGGUAAAAGCUGAGGUAAGGCUGGAGUCUGACCUCAAAGCAGCCCAGUUGAGAGAGGAGGAAGCCAAGCUCAGCUAUGCAGAACUGCUGAGGAAGUUUCAGAACAUGGAGUCGAGCCUUCGUACAACGAGGGAGAAUGCCCAGAGGAACAUUAAGGCACUGGAGUCAAAAGCACUGCUUCUGAAGGAGGAACUUGUAACAACGAGAAACGAGCUGAGCAAUACGAGGACAGAAUUUGAAAACUAUAAGACCCGUGUGCAUACGGUCCUGAAGCAGCAAAAGAAGUCAACCGAAAGCAGCUCUCACAACGACGCUGAAGCCAACGGGAAACUGCAGUUGCUGGUGGAGCAGCUGCGGGCUCGCGUGCAGGAACUGGUGGAGCAGAUGGAAACCCAGCGCUCUGAGGCAGAGUUGACGCAGGAGGAAUACGAACACCUGGCCGCUCGCCAUCAACAGGUUGUGUCAGAGCUGGAGAUGCGAGAGAAGGACUGGAAGACAAGGCUUGAGGAAGCUAUAAAGAAGAACACUCACGAGAUGAGCAUUGAGUUAGACAAGCAACUCAAGCAGCAGUGUGACAAGCUCACUUCAACAUUCCAGAAGAAACUAGCCGAGCAGGAAGAGGAGCAGCGGGUGGCCCUUGAGUCGCAAAGGGAACUGAUACAGGAGCUGAGGCUAGAACUGAAGCAGGAGCAGCAGACAAAGGUGUCUCCUCAGGAAGACACGUUUGACAUCAGCCUUCAGGAAAGACAGGAAGGAGAGGGUUCAGAGUGCGCUACAUCGAGCACAUCCAUUCCAAUUACGGUGGCGCCAAUUCAUACGCUCCCAUGGGAAGUCGUCCCAUCCGCAGGUUUUGUCCCCCUGGAGCAGCUGCUGCACGGAAACUCCGAGAAGGAAGAAAACCCUGAGGUGCUCUCUACCAAGAUAAAUGAAGCUCACAAGAAGCUGAACCACAUGUCUGAGCUGCUAAACGAGUCCGAGUCGAGCAACCUUCGCAUGACGGAGCAGAUAAGAGUCCUUAAAGAAGAGAUUCGACGUUUGGAGCGCAACAAGGAACGGGAGAAACAUGCCGAGAAUCUAGAAUACUUGAAGAAUAUUAUCCUGAAGUUCACGACACUAAAAGCUGGCAGCGAAAAGGAGAGGCUAAUCCCAGUUCUGACCACCAUGUUAAAAUUGAGUCCAGAGGAGCAGAAGCAACUGCAGACGGUAGUGGCCGGAAGCGGAGAGGUCGACUCGGCAGCCACCGGUUGGGGAGGGUAUCUGCCUAGAUGGCCAGGAAUUGUUUAAAAUAUAUUGUACAUACCUGUUGUUGAUAUUGUCUCUGUAAAUAUGACACAUUCCAAACUCUUCUCAGAGUAAACAUUUCCUUGCACGAG